AUGCUUCGACCGGAACCCGGUAACUGCCGGGCGGCAAUCACACGAUACGCAUUCAAUCGUGCAACGAAUAAAUGCGAAGAGUUCAUCUACGGCGGAUGUGGUGGCAACGAGAACAAUUUCAAAACGAAAUUCGAUUGUGAAUUGGCUUGUAUUUAUUGUGCCCACCGACGACCCUGGGAGUAUACUAACAGGUCUGUUUUCGAAGUAACUAAUUGCAGAUGUACCUCUGACGAAGACCAACAACAGGUUGGAAAAAUUGAGAAUCUCCGAACAGGAACUUUGAGAAAUUGGAAAGGUAGUGGUGUUUUAGGUGGAUCAUUGUUGCGCACUGCCAGCAUCACUGCCACCGUCUGA